AAUGAAGGCCAAUUCUUCAGUGGAAAUCAGACAAAGAAAGAAAGUGGUCUCCAACCAAGCCCUUUGGUCCACCUCUACCACCACUCUUCCCUUCAUAAUCUCUUCAUCCCAUCAUUCAUCUCGAUUUCAUCAUCAUCAAUGGCGCCUCCUCCCGAUACCAGCAAAACCGUUAAGCUCGAACGCUACAAUAGUUAUGUUCGUCGACUUCACUUCACUACGCUCUUGCACUCCUCUUCUAAAUUCUUCUUUAGAGCCACCAUUCUGAUUGCACUUGUUCUUAUUCUUUUUUUUACCCUCAAUCAUCCCCCGCUUUCUGAUUAUGAUCCUCCUCAUCACCACCGUCACGUUCUUCUCUCCACUUCUUUAUUCCCCUCUGUCGGAGUCGGCGGUGGUGCCUCCUGGGAAAAGCAGCUGCGCCACUCCGCCACUCCCCGCCGCCCCAAUGGCUUCACUGUGUUGGUUACCGGAGCUGCCGGAUUCGUCGGAUCCCAUUGCUCUCUUGCUUUAAAGAAACGAGGUGACGGCGUUCUUGGAUUGGAUAAUUUCAACGAUUAUUAUGAUCCGACGCUUAAAAGAGACCGGCGAAAGUUACUUCAAAAGCAUCAGAUUUUCAUUGUAGAAGGAGACUUGAACGAUACGCCGUUGUUGAAUAAACUUUUCGACGUGGUACCUUUCACUCACGUACUACACUUAGCUGCACAAGCUGGAGUGCGUUACGCCAUGAUGAACCCGCAGUCUUACGUGGCGUCCAACGUGGCCGGAUUCAUCAACCUUCUAGAAGUAUGCAAAUCCGCCAAUCCUCAGCCGUCGAUUGUGUGGGCUUCAUCAAGCUCCGUGUACGGCCUCAACACUGAUGUUCCAUUUUCGGAAUCCGAUAGAACCGACCAGCCCGCAAGUCUUUACGCGGCCACAAAGAAAGCGGGCGAAGAAAUUGCCCACACGUAUAACCAUAUUUACGGGCUUGCCCUUACCGGGUUAAGAUUCUUUACCGUAUACGGGCCGUGGGGAAGACCUGACAUGGCGUAUUUCUUCUUCACAAAAGACAUACUACAAGGCAAACCAAUCGACGUGUAUAAAACCCAAGACGAAAAAGAGGUGGCGCGUGAUUUCACGUACAUUGACGACGUGGUGAAAGGUUGUCUGGGGGCGCUCGACACAGCGGAGAAGAGCACCGGGAGCGGCGGGAAAAAGAAAGGGCCGGCACAGCUGAGAGUGUACAAUCUCGGAAACACGUCGCCGGUUCCUGUGGGGAGAUUAGUGUCAAUCUUGGAGAAUUUAUUGAACACAAAAGCGAAGAAACAUGUGAUCAGAAUGCCAAGAAAUGGCGAUGUGCCAUACACGCAUGCAAAUGUGAGUUUGGCGUACAAAGAUUUCGGGUACAGGCCCACCACGGAUCUAGCCUCAGGAUUGAGGAAAUUCGUAAAGUGGUAUGUUAGUUAUUACGGGAUUCAAUCGAGGGUAAAAAAGGAAAAAGGGUUGAAUAACGCGCAUGCCGAGGAGUCCAGUUGAAGUCCCAUUAAACGCAUUCGUACCACCGUCAUCGUUGUGAUUGGUAUUUCUGUUUUUAAUUAAUUUAUCUUGAAUUAAAAUUUGUGCUGAUAAAUUAUCGUUGUGGUCCUUCCCUUGGGAUGAAUUGUGGUGAAGAUGUGAUGCAGCAUAAUAGUUAAUAGGGAUGCAGUUUUUGAUAUAGAAGAAGAUAAAUGUGAAGAAAAUAUGAGAGAGAAAUGAAUGUGUAGAUCUAUGUAAUAAUCCAGGUGGGGCCUGCUAGAAUGGGUGCAGGUCCUAGCCGUUUGAUUCAUAUAAUUAAUUAAAGAAUAUUUUGUAAUAAAUUGCCAUGAUGACAUUGAUGGAUCCAUCAAUCAAUCAAAGAAUUUUCUUUGCUUA